CUACCGGGAGAGGAAGGCUCUUUUUCGGUCAGAUGGCGUGCUGCAGUCCGCCCCCGUCAUUCUCCAGCCCACGCAGACGGCAAAAAAGGCAGCCAGCAACCAAUACGGUGCGCCGGAGGAGGAUUUCUGCCAGUGAUAUCAGCCGAGGAGCGAAACGCGAAGGGGAUUUACUACGGCAAAAUCUGCGCCGCGGAGGCUCUCGGCGAGAGUUUCGCUCCGGGAGUUGCGAGCCGUGACAUUUGAGAGACUGUUUCCCAGUUUAGGCGGAACAGACCUUCACAAGAAACCUGAAAAGGUUCAUGCGAUUCCCCUCCGCCGUUUGAACUUUCCAGUGCUGUGUGCCAUGUCUCUGCCACGCACCCUCGGGGAGUUGCAACUCUACCGGGUGCUGCAGAGGGCCAACCUGCUGGCCUACUAUGAAACCUUCAUCCAGCAAGGCGGCGACGACGUGCAGCAGCUCUGCGAGGCUGCCGAGGAGGAGUUCCUGGAAAUUAUGGCCCUGGUUGGCAUGGCCACGAAGCCGCUGCAUGUGCGUAGGCUGCAGAAGGCUCUCCGCGACUGGGCGGCGAACCCUGCCCUUUUCAGUCAGCCCGUCGCUAAUGUCCCUCUUGGGGGGAUCCCGCUGUUCAAAGUGGAAGGGACGGGCUCCAGCGGGUCAGCUAGCGGGCACAGGAAGGCUUUGAGCAACGGGCAGCCUGGUUCCCCCUGCGAGAGAGAGGACCGGGCGUGUCUUACCCCGAUGUACAGCGGCAGUCCGAGAAGUCCCUGCUCCCAGGCAUCUCCGCAGCCACCGGACACACACUACAGGGAAAAACUCUCCCCCAUGGACCCGCACUGGCUCAGCCCAGACCCAGAUGGGAAUGGCGCUCUUGCCUCUGCAUCUGGACCUGAGGAGGAACCACACAGCCCGCCUCUCCUGUCCACGGGGCCUACGGGUCCUUCCACGUCGCCAGUGCCCUCCGCGUCCUUCACCCCAGCACCCCUGUCAGCGUGGCCAGGAGGGCAGCUGGACGAGGAGACGGCCAGGGCCGUGGUGGAGAGCGUGGAGAGACUCUACAGGACCCUGCCCAGGUCAGACCCCGCAGAGGUAAAAACUCUGCUGAGGAUGAACAAGAAAAUAGCAAAAACCGUGGGUCACAUCUUCAGAAUGGGCUCGCAGGAUGCAAGCAAGGAGGAGGAGAUCCGGAAAUACAGCCUCAUUUAUGGUCGUUUUGACUCCAAGAGGAGAGAGGGCAAGCAGCUCACACACCAUGAGUUGAUCAUCAAUGAAGCUGCUGCCCAGUUCUGCAUGAGGGACAACGCUCUCCUGCUCAGACGGGUGGAGCUCUUUUCUCUGGCUCGACAGGUGGCCAGGAAAUGUGCCUACACCUCCACACUGAAACAUGCAAGGUCAAACGCUGAUGAGAGCAGCGGUUUGCCUCAGAAGAGAGCGAGACAUGAGGUCAUCGUGUCUGAGUCAUCGCUCCUUGGAGUGGAGGGAUCUGAAGGAGCGACUCAGAGAGCAGAUGAAGACAGCUUGUCUGCAGAGAGCCUUGACUGCGUAUCGCUUGACUCCAGCUCCCAGUGCAACCAGUCUCCAUCCCCCCGUCCCCACACUGACGCCUCGAACCCCGCCAGCUGGAGCCGCCAUCUAAUACAGCAGACUCUAAUGGACGAAGGUCUCCGAUUGGCUCGGAUGGUGUCACAUGACCGGGCGGGGAAGCUCAGCCUGGGGCCAGAGGGAACUCACUCGGCAGACCAUGACAUCAAAGUGGAACGGGCGAGCUUGAUAACAGCGUGCCGGAGCAGUAGCCCCUGUGUCACCAAAGAGCCAACCAUCACCUCCAACCACAGAGGAAAGUGAAACCCACAACCCUACAGGGGAACUGUGCUCCAACUCAAGCUGUAAAUCUAAGACUCUGCAAGGAUCCGACUAAAUAGGCCCGUCACGUCUUGUAAACGAAUCCGCUGUAAAUUCAGAUCUAAAUGUUUCUGUUCUUAUAUAUCUGUUACAUGGAAGGAACCCCGUCUCUGUUUGAGUGUCCUGCAGAGUUUAGCCGUGUUCUGUCAGGGAAAAUGUUUAUGCUGCUGCGAGGAUCCACCUGCCACAGAUGAAACACGCUUCACACAGCAGGGGGCACUGCAACUUUGGAAAACUGACGCUCUACAGUUCCUCCACACUAAGCAACUCUGCAGGGGAGACGUGCGUUUGGCAAAGAUGUCUUUGCUCUGCGAGUUACAGCGUAAUGCUCUGGAGCUAUUCACCUCAGGAAACCACUGGACGCUUUGCUUAGGUCAGAGGUCAGCACUGUGUAGAUCAAACCAACUCAGAAGACACUGACACAUGCAGCACCUUGCAAAAUGCUCAUACUACUGAAAAAUUCAGCAUUUUUAUACAUUUUAUUUAUAUUUUAUGUGAUAGACCAACAGAAUAUAGCAUAUAAUGAUGAAGUGCCUCAUAUUGAUGGAGCUCCACACAAAGUUGAAAGCUAAAAGAGAAAUCACCUUUUCCAUUUUCUCUUGAAACCUUAGCUUAGGCUACUGAGUGUUUUUUAAAAACUGACUCAGUUUUUAUUAAUCUGGCAUGUUUUUAUGUGCCUAUUGUCAAACAUUUAGUUUUUAUUUUGAGAAGUACGAUAAAAAAUCAGAUUUGACUUCCUAAUUGCUCAGUUGAAAGAAAAGUAAUACAUGAUUAAAUUUUUUAAACAAAUGAAAGUCUAAGGUCUGUUAUGCAAUUUUAUAAACUCAACUUGUUGAAUUUCUUUUUAAGUAUGCGUGAGUUUUCUAACUUUCAGUAGUAAAGAAUUUUGAAAAUCAUCAGCAAUCCAUGAUAAUCAAGCACCACAUGUUGUUGGUCUAUCAAAUAAAAUAAAUUUUAUUUAAUUUCCCUGUGAGAUUAAUAAAGUAUUUUUGAAACUGAACUGAAUUUUGAGUCCUAUUGAAAUGCACUGCAGUUUGUGGUUUCAGAAUCUGAAAACAUUUAAGUGUGAUGAAUGUUUUUGCAAGACGCUGCAUGUUGAGCCUAGAUUGUGCUUCUUUAUCGGUGUUGAGUAGGAUUUCAAAAAGCGAGUUCAUUAGCUUAUGCAUCACAUUUGACUUCCGUUAUAAUCACACAACUUUCUGCUGCACAAAUAAUCGAUUGGAUGUAUUUCAAAUCCCUUUCAGACUGAAAAUGUUGCCAUCCCCAAGAUUAUGAAAAUGUAUUUAUUUUCUUCAUCCAGUUGCUAAAUGAAGAACACUGAGGCUUGGCGCGACCGUGUCUGGCACUCUGACUUUGUCCUAUUCAGAGUUUAAUGUCACUAAAGAUAAAACUGUACAUUUGUUGGGAACACUGCAUUUAAAACUACAUUGAAAGGAUCUUCGUUUCAAAGGCUGUUUGACACACUUGUUCAGAAAUCUAGUCUUUCACUUGUAAGUUGAUCCGUAUGUAACGUUUUUGUGUCUCUUAAAGAUGGACGUGAUUUUUUGGGGGGUGUUUUAUUAUUUUCUUUGUUCAAUUUGUAUUCUAGGAAACCUCAGAGGUCCAGAGAGACUAAAUGAUUGUAUUCUCUCUUGAUGCAGCAGCUUAUUUUAAACUCCUCACCCUGUUCGGCCUUGGCAGCAGAGUUUAGGUGUUAUGUCGACGGUUAUAGAUGUAACAGAUUUUGUAGACUAAUUGCAGAACUAUCAGUGAGGUAGCGUGCUGUGCAUCGGUUACACCUACCCGUCUCUUCAGCAUUAGAAUCAUCCUCGGUGUGUGUUGCAAGACAGAUAAUUUAUUUUGUUAUAUCCUAAUAAAUGUUCAUGAUUGAAAUCGAUGUUGUAGUUCUUUCUACCAAGAGUGACUUUUCUUCUGCUAAUUUAACAGCUCUGACGUGUGGAUGAGGCAGCAGGAGCUGCGUCACUCGGCCAGCAACACUUCUG